GAAGGUCCUUGAGAGGGCUCCGACAGGCAAACGUGGACUUUGCUAAGUGGCUACAUGCAUAACGCUUUAGACAUAAACUGUUGAGCAAGUCUGGGACUUUGGACCUAGCCACACCUCGUCUCCUGAGAAGGAGUUGAGAAAGCAAGGGGGUCCUUCCUGAACCUGGGGACUCAACGGGAGGGCCCCCCUCAGCCACGCGUCAGACUCGUACUCUUCACGCGACAGUAAAAUUGCCAUCAUGGACAGGAUUGCUGUGGAUAAACUGCUGCGAAAAUACGUGUGCGCACCAUCCCGAGUGGGAAUAGAAUGGGGCCAAAAAUUUUGCAAAGAUGAGGACAACGUGGUAGAGCGGAUAGACCAGUGUAGAAGCGAGCAAAAGAUUAAAAAAGGUAAAGGCAAAGGAAUUUUUUGUGCAGUGUUGGGGCUUGUUUAUCUUGUGCGCAAAGGAAAGCCAAAAGUCUCCUUCCCCUAAAUGAACUGCAGAUGUAGAGAAUGGGGAAGGUAUAGCCCGAGGAUGGCCCGUCUCGGUAAAGCCGCGUGAUCGAGCGGUAACCACCUACUCACGAUGUCGUUUAUAAUUUAACAAAGACCGUCCAAGUAAUGCACCUCCGCUGCAUGUCCGGGACAAGAAAACACUGUGGCACACCUGGCAGAUCGACUACUUUGGCCCACUGUGACCCUCAGGGGGUAAAAAAUACAUACUGGUGGGAGUGGAGGUCAUUUCAGGAGCUCCCAUGGCUGGAGCCGUCACGGCUGCCACUGGGAAAAAUACAGUCCUUAGUCUGAAGGAGUGGUUUAGUACACUUCCCCUUCUUGAGGGGAUUCAAAGCGAUAACUGGUCGCACGUUUCAGCAUUUUUCAGCUGCAGUGGUACAAGACUGGUCAAAGGAAGAAGGGAUCCGGUGGGUAUUCCAUACUCGGGGAGCAGGGUCCUGCCAGCCAGCGGUGCCUACACAGCUCCGCUUGCGGAGGAACCGGCUGCUUCCCUGCCCACGGCACUGCGGCAGCUGGGCGCUUCUCCUGGGGGGUCUCUGCCUGCCAUGGAGCAUCUGGUGCUGGGCUUGGUGCUGCUGUCCGGGACCCUGGACACUGCCAGACCCCAGCACUGCCCAGACCUCAACCCUGUCAAGAAGGUGGCACUGGACAUGGCCCCCAGCUCCUUCGAUGACCAGUACCAGGGCUGCAGCCGCAUGAUGGAGAAGGAGCUGCAGGAGCUCAACCGCACCGAGUUCACCGACAAGGACUAUGCCAAGGCCUGGAAGGAAGCUGCUGCUAAGUGGCAGAGCAAGCAGCACCACAUCUCCCAGGUGCCAGCGCUGCGGCCAGAGCAUGUGGUCGCCCUGCUGGCAUACACCUGGGAAUGCAACCUGUACCGGGAGUUCAACGCAGCCGUGCGUGUGGCCGGGCGCUCCCGUGAGGAAUACCUGAAAAGCUUCAACUUCAAGGUGCUGCAUUUCCUCCUGAGCGAGGCCCUGCGUAUCCUGCGGGACACCCAGCCCCAAAAAUGCCACCACGUCUACCGGGGUGUCCAGGGUACCCGCUUCACCGCCCAGCAGCACCAAACCAUCCGCUUUGGCCAGUUCACCUCCGCCUCCCUACGGGAAGACGAAGCCUUGAAUUUCGGCAAGGACACCUUCUUCUCGGUGGAGACCUGCUAUGGUGUCCUCAUCAGGAACUUCUCCUUAUUCCCCACGGAGGAGGAGGUCCUCAUCCCGCCCUUUGAGAUCUUCAAUGUCACCAAAAUCACCCACAAUGGGAACAGAGCCUUCAUCCAGCUCCGCUCCCAGGGCGCAAGCAGCACCUACAACUGCGAGUGGGUGAAAGAGAAGAGAUGCAAGACCAUGGCGUGCGUCUUCAGCGCAGGCAGGAGCGUCCAGGGGGACCCCCCCCGCCUCUGGGGGUUCCUCCUGGCAGCCGCGGCCCUGGCAGCCGCCGCGGGAUCCUGAGCCGAGAUGCCACCGCUGCCACGGCACCAUGGCGAGGGAAAGGGGUCGGGAACGGGAGCCACCAGCUUCACGGAGCCAGCGGGACAGGACGGGGCAGCAGGAGGGCUGGGGGCACGGGGACAGCCCCGCUGCUCAGCCCUGCCAUGGUGCCACCGGCCCUGGGACGCCCCGGCAGCCCCAGGACGCCAGCGGAGCCGGGACGAGACCUUUCCCUGGCUCCCACGGGAAUAAAGAUUUGCUCUGGGA